GCUCUCUCUCUCAACGCCGCCCCGGAACAUCCUGCUCCCUCACCACACGCCGUAUCCUCGCCCCUCCCCCCGUUCGUCGUCAACCCUCCUCGAUCCGACCCCGGAAACCCCCCUUCCAAUUUGCCCGGUCAAUUGGCGCCGACGCAUCUCUUUUCUUCCUCGAGGAAAACCCAUAGCACAAUGCCUCCCGCGGCCCAGCUUCCCUUCACCAUGUUGGCCCUGGCGUCAACGAGGCCGGUCGCGAGAAAUUCGUCGGUUGCCAUGCAGCACGUCGGCAGAUUGAUGGCUGCCAACGCCAUGCGCACCUACGCCACGCCCGCCGGUCCCCCGCCUGCCAACUUUCGCAUGAAGAGACACCAGACCUGGGACGAGGACCAGGAGUCCACAUUGAACAAGCUUGGUCGUUAUUUCCUGCUGUCCGAGAUGGCCAGAGGAAUGUACAUCUUGAUGGAGCAGUUCUUCCGCCCGCCCUACACCAUUUACUACCCCUUUGAGAAGGGUCCCAUCUCCCCCCGCUUCCGUGGCGAGCACGCCCUCCGCCGCUACCCUUCCGGUGAGGAGCGCUGUAUCGCCUGCAAACUUUGCGAGGCCAUUUGCCCUGCCCAGGCCAUCACCAUCGAGGCCGAAGAGCGCGCCGAUGGCUCUCGUCGCACCACAAAGUACGAUAUCGACAUGACCAAGUGCAUCUACUGUGGUUUCUGCCAAGAGUCGUGCCCCGUCGACGCCAUCGUCGAAUCCCCCAACGCCGAGUACGCCACCGAGACCCGCGAGGAGUUGCUGUACAACAAGGAGAAGCUGCUGUCCAACGGUGACAAGUGGGAGCCCGAGCUGGCUGCCGUUAUCCGUGCCGAUGCCCCUUACAGAUAAGAUUGGGUUUCUUCACCUUCACGAAAGAAAGAAGGAAAGAAAUUUCUCUGGUCGAGGGCUUGGUGGGGACGGUCGUGGUGAAGAGCGAGAAGUCGAGGAAUCACACCUUUUUCUUUUUGCCUUUUUGCAACUUUAAUGCCUAAAGGAUGGACACAUCGAGGCGGACGCGAGGGGACGACGGCCGCAGGACAAUGAAGGGCCGCGGCAGCAGUGAUCUUGGCAUGUUGUGUAUUUCUACAGACAGGUCGGGGUCGGUUAGACUUGUGUAAAUAUCUCUCUCGCGAAAAGCAACCCUUUUUCUUUGUCUGUUGACCACCGUCGCCCCCGAUCUUGUGUGAUGGUGUCGCAAAAGGCAUCACGUCGAGAAUGUCAUUGCGUUUCACAUCAUUUUCUUCUUCAUGUAUGUCAUGUAGAUCCGCAUCACGUUGGGACGGGGCGUUUAGGUUGAAUUUCGAGAAGAUGAUUAUUAGUGCAGC